UGGUGAUGAACUGAGGUCUGGCUGCUCGCUUAAUUCCUUUCGAAAUACUUUUUAGAAGCUGGUUUAUAUAGUGUAUUCUCCAUCAGAUUUAACCUUAUUCCAGAUCCAGAAACCGUGGAAAUUAUAUGCAGGAGCCAUCCAUGCCUAUUGAUGUGCAAUACAAGUACGCUGUCUAUAAAAGACAAGUCACGAAGUUACCUUGUCAAACGUGCUGCUAAAAGGGAUUUCGUGGAACAUCUUAUCCGCUAACAUUGUUUAACCAUUUUUCCCCCUACUGCUCUCGACGAAUCCAGAUGAUUCAACUUCAACACCUCUGCAGAUUCAGAAGGGACAAUAGGUACGCACCAUUUCGUAUUUAUGUUGAAGAAUUGAGACUUGACUCCCGGACUUGACUGGGAGACAUCGUCGAUGUUGUAGAGAAAAUCCCUGCAUCUUGAUGAAUCGAUUCCCACUACGAAAAUAGGGUACUUCAGGGGUACGUCGAUCCUUGUGUGUGUUUCUUUUCAUGCGUCACAGAUUGGACGGAGGAACUCAGUGACGUUGGGAGGGAGACCUGUACAUCGAAUCCAUCUUACAGUUAUUUGUUCGAGUAGUUGAGUAAAACAAAUCGUGCACCGUCGUUGCUUUAGAUCGCUCCAGAAGACAAAAGCAUGCAGCUUGAUUCAACCAACUCUCAGUGACAACACACUAUCUGACAUUACCUUUACCAGAAGAACUAGUGGACUUUGGAAUUGCGUAAUUGUCGUCUGCAGGCAAAGACCGCAAUUUAGAGGUUCCAUCAAUCAACAAGCGGAUCUUGAAAACAAUCUAGCGAAAGUUCGAUCUUACUGGCGUCAAAAACUCUUCAGUACAUUAUUAAUUUAGGCCAAAUAAUUCACAAUAUCUGCUAGAACAGACAAAGCUCGACGAACUGUGGUUCGCACCUGCGCAGAACUAGAACUGUUGCCACUUCCGGUGCCAACACUCUUGAGUCAAGUUGCCAUGGAGUGGACAGAGACCGAAAGGGGAGGACUCAAGCUCCUUCUUGAUGGGUUCAUCUACGUCAAGAAGAAAAACCUUGCGAACGGAUGGGAGAGCUAUGAGUGUACGUUAAGGAGAAACCGCAACGCCUGUAAAGCCAGAAUUAAGGUGUUCGGUGCUGACCAAUUCCGAGACAAGACAGAACACAACCACCCACCCGACCACGGUAAAGCCAAUGCCUACAAACUGAAGAAUGCCAUGAAGAGAAGGGCAGUAUCAACAGACGAAAGUCCUCAAGAGAUCCUAAUGGCCACCAUGCACCAGGCUACGGACGAAGGGGCAAUGUCCCUUCCGGGACUCACCAAUAUGCGAAGGACCAUCCGGAGGCAGCGGCAAGACCAUCGGCAAUCUUUAAUGAUGAAAGCCGGGAGCACCAGGGAUCUUGAAGGUCAGAGCUCCUCACCUUUGGAAACAGAUGCAAGUCUUUUGGUACAUUCCAGUGCUGACAGUGUGCGCCAAGAUCCUGGCCAGGAAACCUUAGCAAUUACGAGGAAUGUAGAGGUCAUUAAAAUUUUCGCUAAAGCUCAGAGGCCAUUUCCCGUUCCAGAAGUUCCCGUAGCACACAAAGAUACUAUAUACCAAGACUCCGUGGAAUACCCAGUGACCGAUGACUCGAGAAACCUUGAACACCGAAACCGUUUAAUUAUGGUCACUGACAAAGCUCUGGAGGUAAACUCCAGAUCAAAUCUUGAUAUCGUUCAGCAAGGCGAUCAGGUUGACCUUGUGGUCAGGAAUUCAGAGAACCGAAAAGUCUCUGGAAGCAAAAAACCAUUGAUGGCUUCAGGAGACGAAUCGUCAUGCGGUCCUCGACAUAACAUCGAGCAAAAGACCAUCAACUUGCAUCAAGAUCCAGAAGCCUUGUAUGUCCCAGGUAGCAGUAGUCGCCAAGGUCAGUUCAUCAGUCCUGGCAUUCUGGCCCGACCAAUCCAUUCUACCUUGCUCAAACGUUCUACGGGCCACAAAGUAACCGUCCCACAAGCUAAGAUAGGCCCUAUACCUGUCGGAGCAAUGAGAAUACCAGCAGCAACAUACCCUGCUCUUGUCAGCCCAUCCAUGUCACUUGGUCAUGAUGAUCCAAGUGUUCCUACAUAACUCGUGAUAUCACUAGGGCCAACAGUCAAUGCCAAUACUUAGAAACUAAAAUCAACACUAAUCGGUGUUUUGAGAGGACCACACCAAUAUGUGUCAAUAUUACACCCUACAGUUUGAAAUACUGUUAAAGUAACAAAAAAGUAUUAUUAUCACCCAUGGUGAGGAUGACUGUUGAACUAAUUUAACACUGGAGUAUAAUGACUAGUGUGCUCGACACAACCAUAUUUACUGUGUAUAUCAUGCUCCACCUCUCAUGCUAGUUAGAAGAGACAUCUAGAUCAAGAAUAUGAAUGAUGUAACCUCGUCCCGGAACCUUGUAUCUCUGGUUAAGUUUGUAUAUAGUUCCAGAGUACUUUUAUGAAUAGUGUAUCAACAUUGAAAAAGCCCCCUCUUUUGGGUACCGUAUUACGCAAAAUAUCUAUGCCAAUUCCGAGAAUGCGUGCGCAAUUAUUUCGUAGCUCUAUUUACUCUAUGGUUAUAUCUGACUUAGAAUAAGCAUUAAGUGUUUUGUUAGGGCCCCCAUUCCACAAAUGGGAGACCUUUGAAAGACCGAGUUGGUGGACUAGGACAGUUAUCAUUCGAAGAUUUGCACCGGACGAACAAUUGCAAAUAUGCCGUUGUCCAGAGUCAAGAGAUUCCGAUGCUGUCCGUCGCGCUACGGUCCACCAACUUUCGACGAUAAAUAGCCUCUCAGCUCUCCACUGUGAUAUGACUUUCAUGUUCAAAGAAAUUGAUGCGUUGUAGAGAGUUCCUCCGUAGUAAAUGUGAAGUCCAGUUGAAUAACAACAGCCAUGGGCAAGGUGACUGAAAUAUUUAGUUUAAGCAGGGUGCUACAUAAGCACUUGCCCAAUUACCCGGGGUAAGUGUUUUGAAGUUAAGACCAAAAAUACUUGCCCGAAUAGGGCAAGCAAAAUUCUCACAGUAGAAUGACCAAAAUUAGGGUCGAUAUGAUAUGAUAUGAUGUCGACCCUAAAUUUGGUCAUGGCGGACAAGAUAAAAUCAAUUUGAAUAAAGAAAUGCAAGAACAAGUUAGAUCAGUUUAUGUCAAAAGAGAGAAAAAAGGUCAGUGGUUUAUUAAACCGCAAUAUUUUCUUCUGAAGAGGUAAAACUUUUUAUUCAAGGCUUUUUCGGGCAAGUAAAAUAGAUUUUCGGGCAGGUUUAUUCCAACUAUUUAAAAAUUUACUUGCCCGACAGUGAAAGUGCUUCAAAAUGUUAUGUAGCACCAUGGACUUUAAGCAAUAAUAGAUAUUAAGAAAUAAAGCACAGACAGUUUAACACUACAAAGAAUUCUUUCUCUAUAAUAUAUGGAUUUCUCGAAUUUAUCACUACUAAGACGAGCAUAGCUAUCGAAAGCAAAAUCCUACAUUGUACAGAUAUGCAUGUAUUCGUAAACCCAGUGUAUGAAAGUAGUUACGCCCCCCCCCCCCACACACUCCUUUAUUACACCGAUGCCUGAACAGGCAUAACUAUUCUCCCUUGUUUUGGGUGCUGAAUAUUAUAAGAUCAAGUUGUGUAAUUGCAUGUCAGCACUGGUUAAAUAUCCAAUCAGCGUCUACUGUUUAUCAGAUUUUUUAAACAAUAUUCUUCCUUUUAUUUGUGUUAUUUAAUUACAUGUAAUCAAUAAUUAUUCCCAUACAAGUAAACACUAAAUAAACGUAGUUUUAUGUAAUAAAAUACAAAAGAACAAGUAGGGAUAUGACAUCAUCAGUUUGGUCAUUGAAUAUUCAUAAAGAC